CCUCGCCUGAUCGUCAGCGUCCAUCUCAGCCAUUACGUUGCCACUGGCCGUUCCUGGCAAGGUUGAUGGAGCGUCCUUUCUACUUCGCGGGCUUUUUAGCCUAUCAAUGAGUGUUGACCUCGACUACUAUAACCCGUUCUUUCUCUCUGCAUCACUGCUUCUGUGCCUCCUGUCGCUGGGCUCAUACUGCCCUCCACCCCCCCACAAACAUGGAACUGUCCUCUCCUUCCAGCUCGGCAGACCCUCUGAUGAUCACUAUCGAAAUCGACAUGAACUUGACUUGAGGUCGGGUGACAAGCGUCUCGUUGAUGUGGUUGUAUCUAUUCGUCUGCCCGCCAAUUUCUUCUCCCUGCUUUUCUCUCUCCUUCCAGCCCUAUCAUCUAUUAAAUCAAUUCUUGCUGGUUGCAUGUUGCCGUUGGAGGGGAUUCUUCCUCUCCUAGCCACUCCUUCAAUAUGUUUCUUCUUUGGUUUUUGUCGUUGCUUGCUCUUCAAGAUGUCGUUGUGAGUGGUGAUUCGGAUAGUGACAUGAUGUCUUUUGUCACGCUGCCGGAGAUCAGAGCCCUGAAAUUCGAUAUUGCCUACUACGAUCGCGCGGCUGUCAGUCCGGGGUAUUGGUUCGUUGCGCCAUAUGGCGUGAUUGACCCCGAAGCACCCACGAAACAAUGGAAACCUUGCCAAGUUGGACCUUACAUAUACGACGCAGAUGGUAUUCUCAUAUGGGCCGGAUCCUGCAUGUUCGACAACCGCAACAUAUUUGACUUCAAGGCCGUGAACAAUAUUGACAACGAGUCCCAUCUCUCAUUCAUCCUCCAGCAUGGCUACAACGCCGGUGCUGCGGACAAAGGAUACGGCUACAUUCUCAACCAAAACUACGAGCCAGAAAGUGUGGUUGCGGUGACCAACGACCUUGGCACGUUCAAUAUGCACGAGUUCAAUGUCCUCGACGGCGGAAAGACCGCAUUAGCUUGCGCCUAUCGGAAUGAGUACGUGGAUCUAGGGGACCUCGGUCGGCUGGAUGAGUACGGUUGGAUAGUCACGGGAGGUUUUGUCGAGUUGGACAUAGCAACAGGCGAGGUCUUGUUCGAGUGGAACUCCCUAGGAUACAUUCCCAUUCACGAGUCGGUUAAGGUCAACGCUAACUGGCCGGCAUCCAAUGAACCAGGCUGGGAUUAUGUGCAUGUUAAUGCGGCAGACAAGAAUGCGGCAGGCGAUUAUCUGCUGUCUGCCCGGUUCACGAGCACGAUCUACCUGAUAUCGGGCGAAGACGGACGCAUCAUCUGGCGCCUGGGCGGCAAGUACUCCGAUUUUGUCCAAGAUUUCACCUUCUCCAAACAACAUCACGCGCGGUUCGUGGAGUCUAACGCCACGCACACGACCCUCUCUUUCCUGAACAAUGCGUCCGAUGAGACAGAGAACGAAGAGACCGUUUCGGCGGCGAUGUUUGUGCAGGUCGACACGACAACCAUGACCGCCCGCCUGCUCGAUCGGUAUGACCGGCCGGAUGGUGAUCUAACCCGACUGCGUGGUAGCGUUCAGAGGUUGCCCAACAACAAUGUCUUUGUCGGCUGGAGCGAGCGGGGAUACCAGAGCGAGCAUAGCCCGGACGGCAAGGUCUUGAUGCAGGCCAGUUUCGCGUCCACGCGCUUCUCCUCUUACCGCUCGUACAAAUUUCCCUUCGUGGGUCGGCCUAGCCAACCGCCGGACGUGGUGGCGUCGGUCUACGGAACAGAUGAAACGGAUUUGGCAACCAUCUUUCAUGUCAGCUGGAACGGUGCCACGGAUAUCGCCUCCUGGAAUUUCUAUGCACGUGUUGACCGCCAGGGUCUUCCGGUGCUGAUCGGCAACACCACCAAGCUCGAUUUCGAGACCAUGUAUAUCGCCGAAGGUUAUUUGGACUGGAUUUCAGUGGAAGCGAUCGAUCGGAAUGGCAACGUUCUGGGCACGUCCGAAAUUCACCGGACAGAAACGCCGAUGAAUUGGCGUCUGGCAGGCUUUCAAGGUGAUUCAAAGCCCACGCCAAACGACCCCGCCCUUCUGUAUGGGAAGCAAAAGGCGCCGGUGGAGGACUUGCAAGAGGUCGACGAGGCCUAUGAAAAAGCUCAGGAAGAGGCCAAAGCUGUCAACAAGGCAUAUGAAAUUAUUUACGGGGUGGGUGGGCUGUUAAUUUUCAUUUUGGCGGUGUGCUCCGUGGGUGGGCUCCUGGCGGGCAUUUACUGGGUGCUUCACCAGCGUCGUGUGCAGGCAUACUACGAGGUUCCCAUGGAGGAGGGUCAUCAUCCAAGGCAAUAAUGACUGAACUGCUUCACUCUCAAAAGACAAGUGAUUGUAUAUACGGAUAUAAAUAUAGAUAUUAU